GAGCGAGAAGUGCCAAAACGAGAGAGGCACUUGGCAAUGGCUUCGGCAGCCGUCCGCAGUAGUGCCGCUGCAAGGAAGGAUACAAGGAGAGGUGCAUGGAGCAAGGAGGAAGAUUGCUUGCUCAGGAAGUACGUGGAGAAAUAUGGGGAGGGAAAGUGGCACCUUGUUCCACAAAGAGCAGGGCUCAAAAGGUGUCGUAGAAGUUGCAGGCAGAGGUGGCUCAACUAUCUGAGUCCAAACAUCAAGCGUGGUCCGUUCUCAACCGAUGAGGAGGACCUGAUAAUCAGAAUGCAACUGCUACUCGGAAACAGAUGGUCACUGAUUGCGGGAAGGAUGCCCGGGAGGACAGCCAAUGGCGUCAAGAACUACUGGAACUCUUACUUGGCCAAAAGGGUUUCGGCCAAACCAGCUGCCCCCGAGCUCCCAGCAGCCCCUCCACCUCGCACGGUCGUCUACAGGCCGCAAGCUCAUAGAGUAUCCAUGAGAAUGCGUGAGUUGCUGCGCGAGAUGUAUUCACCAAUGGACCAGCGAAGGCUCAUCCCUCCCAGCUCUUCGCAGCCGCUGGACGGCGCGAAGAUGGCCGACCAGUUACCAAUUGCUGCAGAGCCGUCAAGCUCCAGUCUGCCAUCGCUGCCUGGAGAAGACGAGUUUGCACUAGGAGGAGGAAGAGGAGAUUGGUUCCUCGAUGCUGAACUCGACGACUUUUUCUGUGAUUCAUUUCUUGGGGAUUGGACGAAGGAUGAUAACGGUUCAUCACCAUUUACAUGAAGAGCUGCUAUCAAGUUGGUUUAGACAGACUCUCCCUCUCUGUCUCUCUGAUGUUUCUCAAGCGCCAAGCGUGGCAGAUUCGAAGCAGCUUUGCUUUCAAUUUUUAUUUACACUCCCAGAAAAAAUUCACAAACAAACAAGGCCCAUGAGAAACAUUAUUCAAGAUAAAGUAAGUUCAAGCUUGUACAUUUCUCAUCAAUGUACGUCUCAAACUCUUAAAUGUGGGAUUAUACGACAAGCCAAAA